AUGCCAGAGCUGGGGGUGCUCCCGAAGCCUGCAGAUGUUGGGAGCAUGAACAAGGGGGCCCAGGGAUACCCCAGGAGCCUGAAACAGGGAGCCCAGACAGUGCUGACCACCCAGGACUCCUGGGUUGCCAAAGUGCCCUACAAGUGCUUGGAGUGUGGGAAGAGCUUCAGCCAGAGCAACAGCCUGAUCCGCCACCAGAUGAUCCACACUGGGGAAUGGGCCUACAAGUGUGGGGAAUGUGGGAAGGGCUUCAGCUGCAGCUCCGAACUUAUCAUCCACCAGCGCAUCCACACUGGGGAGAGGCCCUACGAGUGUCCCGAGUGUGGGAAGAGGUUUCGGGUCAGCUCCAAUCUCGUCCAGCACCAGCGCAUUCACACGGAUGAGAGGCCCUUCCGCUGCCCCGACUGUGGGAAGGGCUUCCAGCACAACUCCACCCUCGUCAGGCACCGGCGCAUCCACACUGGGGAGAGACCCUACGAGUGUCCCCAGUGUGGGAAAAGAUUCACCCAGAGCUCUACCUUGACCAGACACCAACGGAGGCACCAAUAA